UGGUCAAACGGAAAGCAGAAUAAGAGUUCCUUAAACUUGCAUUGCAUUUUGGGAGUUGAGUUCUUUGUUGGCACCCUGCACUACUUGCCAAGAUGGCGACGUCUUUAGGAGCGAACACCUACAACAGACAGAAUUGGGAAGACGCGGACUUCCCAAUCCUGUGUCAGACAUGUUUGGGAGAUAACCCUUAUGUCCGUAUGACUAAAGAGAAGUAUGGAAAAGAAUGCAAGAUCUGUGCCAGGCCUUUCACAGUGUUCCGCUGGUGUCCUGGCGUCCGCAUGCGCUUCAAGAAGACAGAGGUGUGUCAGACAUGCAGCAAGAUGAAGAACGUGUGUCAGACCUGCCUACUGGACCUGGAGUAUGGCCUGCCGAUCCAAGUCAGGGACACUGGGCUCUCUGUCAAGGAUGACGUUCCCAAGUCUGACGUCAACAAAGAGUACUACACUCAGAACAUGGAGAGAGAGAUAGCUAACUCAGAUGGCACCCGGCCUGUGGGUUUGCUGGGAAAGGCCCCCAGCUCCAGUGACAUGCUGUUGAAGCUGGCCAGGACCACACCCUACUACAAGAGGAACCGGCCACACAUCUGCUCCUUCUGGGUGAAGGGCGAGUGUAAGAGAGGCGAGGAGUGCCCCUACAGACACGAGAAGCCCACCGACCCAGACGACCCCCUGGCCGACCAGAACAUCAAGGACCGUUACUAUGGCAUCAACGACCCGGUGGCAGACAAGCUGCUGAAGAGGGCGUCCACCAUGCCUCGUCUGGACCCCCCAGAGGACAAGACCAUCACCACCCUCUAUGUGGGGGGUCUGGGAGAUACCAUCACAGACUCUGAGCUCAGGAACCACUUCUACCAGUUUGGGGAGAUCAGGACCAGCACCAUUGUCCAGAGGCAGCAGUGCGCCUUCAUCCAGUUUGCCACGCGCCAGGCGGCUGAAAUGGCCGCUGAGAAGUCCUUCAACAAGCUCAUCAUCAACGGCCGCAGGCUCACCGUCAAGUGGGGCAGGUCCCAGGCAGCCAGAGGGAAGGAGGCCAUCAAGGAUGGCGUCAGUGAGAUGGGCACCAGACUGGACCCUGUGCCCGGAUUACCUGGAGCACUGCCCCCACCUCCAGCCAUGGAUGAGGAGGCCCCCGCCAACUACUUCAACCUGGACCCUGGCUCCUCCCCUGGGGGGCUAAACAUCUCUCUGCCCCCUCCCCCCGGCAUCAACCCCCCUCCUCCAGGGUUCGGCCCCCCGAUGUUCCAUCCCAUGGGCCCCCCACCGCCGCCCCCCAUGGGCCUUCGUCCCCCGGGACACAUCCACUACCCUUCCCAGGAUCCCCAGCGCAUGGGCGCGCACGCGGCCCACGGCACCCGGCACAACGACUAGUUACCAUGACGACGUGUCAUUAGGGGGGUUGGAAGGCGACUUGUGUGUGGCGGAGCAAGGAUGAUGUCAUGGGCCAGGGAGGCGGAGCUACAGCAGGGUUCCACAUUAAGAGAGGUGCUGCUGGAGGUCUGGAGGCUUAGCUGUCAUUCUGCCUGCAAGUCUGGUGCUUCGAGCCCAGAGAGCUUGAUCUCCACGACGACGCCCUGUUCUGUUGUCGUCCACGCAUUAUUGGCUGGCACACUUGCAUCAAAGGUUUCCCCACCUCCGGCGGCCAUCUUCAGGUUAAAAAUAUUGGCUUCCAAAAUGGCUUUCCAGAGUAGUCUGUCCUACUCACUCAUUCUGACCGUACAACAUAAGCCACACAGUCACAGGAAAUUUAACUGUACCAUUACUUUUCCCCUUUGAGUUAUUUUCCCACCAAAAGAUGAUUUUUAUGACCUUUUAAGAGCUUUUGUAAGGAGUCAUGUAUGUAAGAACCAGGGUUAGUGUAAAGCUUUGUUUAAUGUAAGAAUGAGACGCUGUUUCAGUGUGUGCAGAGUGGAUCUCUACGAACGUUAUGUAUUUGCUUGGACUUUUUAUACCAUGUUAGUUUACCAACAGAUGGCGAUUUUCAGUUUAUUUGUGAACUUUCUGCUCAUAUGUUCUCCACUUAUUCCAUUAAAUCUAUCUCUUCAUUUCAA